AUGCCCAACAAGCUGCCUCUCGUAAGGGUACCCCCGCAAGCACUCGUCCACCGCUUUGGCGCACCUGCCUCCGCACCCCGUUCCUCGGCCCUCCUGCGCUUCUCCGACGACGGAUGGACCAUCAACCGCCAAGUCGUCAAGCCUGAAGGAUGGGCCAUCGUCGGCGACGCCGAAGGACGUAAACUCGCCAUCGAGACGUUACUGAGUCGACACCGAAUCCAGCCUCUCCCUCCGCCUCCCGGCCCAUUCCCCUACAUCAACUCCCUCAUCACCCCCUCUUCCUCCCUACCAGACCCUACCAGCCCUCUCCCACCUGCUAAAGCCAUCCGGCACUUGGCCUUCGCCCGCCCACCUUCCACCGGCGAAUUUACCGACUUUACUGCGCGCUAUGGUACGCUCCUCGAAGAAGACCGGCUCUCUUUCCGACAGACGCUCAAGAACCUCCAGCCUCCCCCAAGUGACGAGGCUAUUGAGAGGGUCGCGAGGCUGAUGCGGAUUGAGGAUCUGUUAGACCUGCCGAGCGUGUCUUUCUCGUCAGGCCAGACGAGGCGAGGGAGGAUUGCGAGUGCAUUGUUGACGAGGCCGCAUCUGCUCUUGAUUGAAGACCCGAUGGCGGGCUUGGACAUUCCAAGCCGUGCGGAAGUGUCGAGGUUGCUCGGAGAGUUGAAUGCGGAUGUGGAGCAGGGGAUCAAGAUUGCGCUCGUGCUCCGAGGUAAGGGUGGAGAGGAGAUGCCGGAUUGGAUCACGAAUGUCGCCGAGGUCAGGGGCGGUGAUGUUUGGAUAGGCUCUAGGAAAGAGUAUGACGUGCGAAGGGAAGGGAGAGAGGCACAUGAGAAGAAGAAGGUGACAGAGGUGGUCGAGAUCAAUGACGAGAUUGCUGGAGAGCCUGUGGUCAAACUCGACAAGGUCUCUGUGUCUUACGGUGAAGGCACUAGACCUGUCCUCAAAGAAGUCUCCUGGACGAUCCAGCCCGGCUCCAAAUGGCACCUCAUAGGCGCCAACGGUUCCGGCAAAACCACCCUCCUCUCCCUCAUCCUCGGGCACCACCCUAUCUCCUACUCUCUCCCUCCCCUCUCUCUCCAACUCUUCUCCAAACCACGUCGCACCAUCCCAACACCCAUCCUGCGGACGUUGAUGGGCCAUACGAGUCCGGAGAUCUAUGCGAGUUUCCCGAGAGGGAUGGGAUUGGGUGCGGGGGAGGUUGUGGGGAGUGGCUUUGAGGGCGUCUUUUCGAGGAGGAUGUUGAAUGCCAAGCAAAAGGAGAGGGUAGAGUACUUGUUGGGAUACUUUGAAGACCUCCUCAAACCCCUCCCUCGAGCCGGUAUCGCAGCCCCCACCUCUGUCCACGACCUCUUCAAACGCCCCUUCAUCACCUUCACCCCACCCCAACAAGCCCUCCUCCUCUUCCUCCGCGCCAUCGUCACCCGUCCAAAGUUGCUUAUUCUGGAUGAGCCGAGUCAGGGGAUGGAUGAAGAUCUGUGGGAGAGGUGUAAGGCGUUGUUGGAGGAAGAGUGGAAAGCGGAGGGGGGGAGGGAGAUGGCUGUUGUUGUGGUUUCUCAUUAUCAGGAUGAGGUUCCAUGGGAGAGAGGACGAGGGAGGGUGCUCAAGUUGGAUCAGGGCGUUGCUACUGUACAAUAG